CCUCUCGACAACCUCGACGCAGCAGCCGCCAACCAACAUGUCGUCGCCCGCGCUUAACAAGAUCGCCCCUAACAGCCCGUCGAGGCAGAACCCCUCCGAGAUCGAGACGAGCAUCGCGAAUGCUCUCUACGAUCUCGAGAGCAACAUCCCCGACAUGAAGAGCUCGCUGCGCCCUCUUCAGUUCGUCUCCGCUCGUGAGAUCGAGGUCGGCCACGGCAGGAAGGCCAUUGUCAUCUUCGUCCCUGUCCCUCUCCUUCAGGGCUGGCACAAGUCUCAGCAGCGCCUCACCCGCGAGCUUGAGAAGAAGUUCUCGGACCGCCACGUCCUGAUCGUUGCCUCCCGCCGCAUCCUUCCCCGCCCCAAGCGCUCCAACCGCUCGCGCACCUCCCAGACCCAGAAGCGUCCCCGCUCACGCACCCUCACCGCGGUCCACGACGCCAUCCUCACCGACCUCGUCUACCCCGUUGAGAUUGUUGGCAAGCGCCUAAGGACUCGCGAGGACGGCAGCAAGGUCCUCAAGGUCAUCCUCGACGAGAAGGAGCGCGGCGGUGUUGACUACAGGCUCGAUACCUACUCGGAGGUCUACAAGCGCCUUACCGGCAAGGGCGUCCACUUUGAGUUCCCCCAGAGCUCUGCUUCCGACUACUAGACGGCUGGCUGCUCAUAUUACGUGGUUUCGGGAGUUCAAAUCGGCUUCGGGUCAUGCAUGCAUGCAUCAUGUCGGGGUUAUCAUGUAACUGACAGGCUUAAAAAUGACGUUUGGGCCCGUUGGAGGCUCGGUGAUACCAAUUGAUU